UGUAUGCUCAGUGUAUAUGCUCAGGUGAUUUCCACAUAAAUGGCUUUAGGAGGAGUGUGUUCAAAGUGCAAAGUCAAUAAACCACCUUAGACUGAAAACGCCGGACCCUGUGAGCAACUGUACGUGCAACCUGUUGUACCAAGAUCUGAAGAGGUUUUCCAACAAUGGGGAGCAUUUCUGCAAGGUCAUGACAGUAUUUCAGCAAAGGGCUGAGCUGGAGAUCAGUUAUGCCAAGGGACUGCAGAAGUUUGCUGGGAAACUCAUCAAGGCAUCCAAGUUGAUGAAUAACAAUUCCACCUACCGAGCAUGGUGCCAUGUAUCUAUUGAAAUGUACUAUACAGCAGACACACACAGAGCACUAGGAAGUGCUUUUCAGGCAGAAGCCAUUUUAGAAAUUCGACAAGUCAUAGAGGAGCACAAGAGGAAGAGACCUGAUUGUGAGCACAGUAUUAUUCAAUUGGUUCAUCCAGUCAAAAUCAGGAGCUCCAUCGUUUACUAAGAACCCUCGCAGAGUGUGAGAUCAACAGAGGCCCCAGUGAAAGCAAACUGUCUUCACAGCUUUCGUUCAAGAUAAGAGCCACGGCCAAGACUGAUGACGAGGAAAGUAACACCCAUACACAUGUACGAUCACAAAGAUUUAUCAUUCUGAUCUUGCCUCUGAAUAACAAGAAACACAUACACAAUAAUGUCUCCUUCAGGUGCAGAGUGGUGUAGCAUUGGGAAAUGCAAAUCACUUCACAAUUUCACAUCAGACAGAGAUGAGUUGAUAAUGUAAGAAGGAGACCUUCUUGACAUCUAUCAAAAGGAAGACAGUGGUUGGUGGUAUGGGAUAUUGAAUGGACAGAUAGGUUGAUGGGAAAUAGCCUACGUGGAGGAGCUGCCCAUGUUAAGUGUUAUAGGAACGGCAGAUGUACAUUUGCUCCAAUACAGACUGUCAUACAUGGAGAGACUGAUGUCCAUGGUGCAGCAUUGUAGUUGUGGCCAAGGGAGCAGCUGUCCCAGUCGUGCCAGACAGACUGAACCCCAGAUGGACCUCAUCCACAGCAGUGGGGUGCUGGUGAUCCAGCACCUCCAGAGCAACUACAAGGACUACCAUGACUUCCUUGACUUCAUGUCCUCUGUGGGCGACCCUCGUAACAUCUUUUCUCUCUAUUUUCCUCUAUGGUUUCAGCUUAGCCAAAUUGUCGGCACCAAGAUGAUAUGGGUGGCAGUUAUCGGAGACUGGUUCAACCUAAUUUUCAAAUGGAUUCUGUUUGGUCAACGGCCAUACUGGUGGGUGCAUGAAACUCUCUUUUACCAGAAUAAUUCACUCCCCCAGCUGGAGCAGUUCCACAUUACCUGUGAAACAGGACCAGGCAGUCCAUCCGGUCAUGCCAUGGGCUCGUCGUGUGUCUGGUAUGUAAUGAUCACAUCAGCACUCAACUUUACCAGACGCCUUUGUGACAGCUCAACUAAGGGGUGCCAGAGGUUUGGGCUUGUGUGGUCCUUUUUGUGGAUGGCGUUUUGGAUCAUUCAGAUUAGUGUUGGCAUCUCCAGGAUCUUCAUCGCCACACACUUCCCUCACCAGGUUAUCCUUGGUGUUCUAGCUGGUAUACUAGUUGCUGAAGCAUUUGAGCAUGUUCCCUCGAUCCACACAGCCAGUUUAAAAGUCUACCUUCACACUAGCUUAUUUCUGUUCUCCUUUGCCGUCAGCCUUUACUUGCUCCUUAAAAUGAUAGACAUUGACCUAUUGUGGUCGAUACCUAAAGCAAAGAAGUGGUGUGCCAAUCCAGACUGGAUCCACCUGGACACUACACCUUUUGCUGGUUUAGUGAGGAACCUGGGAGCAUUGUUUGGACUUGGCCUGGCCAUUAACUCUCAGAUGUUCAUCCAGAGCUGCAAGGGGAAGAACGGCUACAAGACUAGGUUUAAACUCAUGUGUGUAGCAGCCAGUCUGACCUCUCUGCAGCUGUACGAUUUCAUCAAAAUUCCCACUCACACAGAGAUCCUGUUCUACACACUCUCAUUCUGUAAGAGUGCUGCAGUCCCCCUUAGUGUGGUGGCACUCAUCCCCUACUGUGUUCACUUGUUGAUAGGAGACAAGGGGAGGAAAUUAGACUAAAUGUUUGUACAUUGCCUGACUCCUAUGGCAAUUUGUUUAUGGUUGUAAUGUAGAUAUAUUUUGCUAAGCUAUUUACCUUGUUGGAAAAUGUGGAUUAUAAUUUUUGCAAUGUUAAAUUGUAUGUUACAUGUACAGUGUGAAACAAGAGUGAGCUGGUGUUUUUUAAGACAAAAAAAAUUAAAGUAAAUUGUAAACAAA